UAUUUACUUAACAAAUUGUAUUAGCAAGAUAUUUAAACGGUGUCCUGUGAAAUAUUUAGAUUUAGUAUCAAGCGUUCCAACUGGAAGUGGGCGAGCACAAAAUUCCAUCGGAUUUGACACACCAAUCAAUAAAUUAAACAAUAACGAAAUGGCGCUAAAUGCACCCGCCUGUAAAGACACACAGGACGUUCAGUUCAAAUUGCAUGACAAAUUCGUGGCUUUCAAAGAAUGCGGCGAGCCCCGCAGCAAUGUCCAAUUGUUGGCUAUAUCUAGCAGUCGCGGACUGCUCUUUGCCGGUAAUCCAAGCGCGCCAGAAAUGAAAGUUAUUAUCAUCAAGGACUUGGCAGAUGCGAAGAUGACCUGUAAGCAACCGCAGGCACGCCUGAUAUCAUUGCCUAGCACGCCCAAUUAUAUAUCGUGUAGCGCCGACGGAAAUCUUUUGGCUGUAAACUACACACAAAACGGCACCAGUUUGCUGGACAUUUACAGUGUGCAGUCGUUUAUGACUGCCACAGUGAAACCAGUCUAUAACAUUAGAUUGGCUCCAGAGGAUUAUGUCUAUGCAGUACAGUUGCUGUGGAAUCCUGUGCUGCCCAAUAACUUAGCUGUGGUCCUUAGCAAUGGGGGGUUGUGCAUGUAUGCUCUCAAGGAGGCUGGAAACUUUGACAUGCAGACGCUGGACAAGAGCAACCAGGUGAAAUGUGGCUGUUGGUCGCCCAAAGGCAAGCAAAUCGUUCUUGGAUUUCCCAGUGGCCAGCUACAACAGUUUAAGCCGGAUCUGACGCCUGCCAAAACGAUCGUGUGUCCGCCCAAUGUGCAUGAUGCGCCCUUCGACACCAUAGCCGUGCAUUGGCUGUCCACUUUCCAGUUUGCUGCCGUUUUCCUUCACCAUGGUGAGGAUUGCAACCCAGCCCUCUACAUUGUGAAUGCGCCAAAGGGAGCAGCGCCCACCUAUAUAAACUAUUAUGAUAUUUGCUAUAGUCUAAAUGGGCCACGCAAUCAUCAGUUUAUUUUCACGCAUGUGUCCCAAUGGAAUUUUUUGCUUGUCACUUCAGCGAAUGGUGUGGAAGUCGGCGUAAUGGGCACCACGGAGGCAGGUGACACGCCCACCUGGCAGCAACUUACUAUGUUAGAUGAGGCACGAAUUGAAAUGCCUCUAAGCGAGGGUUCGCAGGAGGAAACAUUUCCACUGGGCUUUGCCUACGACACCUCAACAACACACCAAUUAACUAUCAAUGAGCAGAAAUUAGGCAUCAUGCCAAUGGUACACGUUCUGAGCACAGAUGGCAAACUACUUGCCUUUGACUUUCUGAAUCUGAUGACUGGUGCGGUGUCAGUUUGUUCGCCGCCGCCGCCGUUGGCAGACACCUCCGGUCAGUUUCGAACGCUGGACAAAUUAUUGGGCGCCGAGAAUAAAGCAGCAGCUCCCGCGGCAGCUGCGCCUCCACCAAAGCCAGAGCCAACACCCAAAGCUGAAAUGUCCUUUGCCUUUCCUCCUAAUACCGUCACUUCGACGCCGGCAGCAGCAAAGGAGAAACCGUUGCCGUUCUUCCCUAGCUUAGGAGACCUGGGCAACAAAGCUCCGCCGGCUGCCGCUCCUGCAUCUGCACCUGCUCCCGCUCCAGUGUUAAGUUUUGGAGCGCCGACCGCAACAUUGCCUUCCUUUGGCAAUCCCACGGUCAAGCCAGUGUCUAGCUUCAGCUCCGGCCUCGAAUUAGUAAACAAUAAACCACUCUAUAUGGUGCCAAGCACAUUUGCGCCAGCAACAAACCAAUUAGCCAACGCUCAAAGCGACAGCCGGAUGCCAGUAGAGCAUCCGGAACUUAGCGAUAAUGACGUGGAGGAUGUGAUUAAUCAAAUAUUGGCCGUACAGAUAAAUGCCUUUAGUGAGGAGAUUCAACAAUUGAAGCGGCAAACGUAUUCGUUACUGGAAAAUCUUGAAAGUCCAUCUUCGAUUAAAUUCUAUAGCAAACGUCUGGAGGAUUUGCAAGAGCUGAAUGAACAGGCCCAGGACGUUGAUUUUGAACUGGAUGUGCAGGGAUUGCGUCAGUCAUUGAAUGAGUCCUAUGCUGUAGUAGCCGAGUGUCGGGCUCGUUUGGAAAUGCACAAAAAUCCUGAAAUAACGCGAUUAAUGACCUCAAACACCUUUGAUCCGACAUGUCAACGCAUUCUGAUGCGCCUUCGGAGUUAUGUUGCCGCAAACGAGGCCCAACUGCGCCUGGCAGAGCAGCAGAUUGAUACGCAAUGGGAUCAGUUUCAGGAUGUGAUUCGACGCAGAACCAAGUCGAAAAUGCACAUGCCGUGCCUGGAGGGUAUCUAUCAGCGUCUGACCCGACUUCAAAACAUAACGUCCGAUGAGCGUAUUAAGCUGAACAGCAUCAAGGCGAAGCUGAAGGAUCGUGGAUUAUUGCAGCCAGCUCUGUUGGGUAAGGACGCGAGUCGCACCCGCGUAAAUGAAACCAUCGAUAGCUUGGCCGAUUCAAUUCUGUCGAUGAGUUUUUCCCAGGUUGUGGAUAGAAAUACGAAGAAGUUGAGUAAAGACAAAUUGCAAGCCAUCCGUAAAGCGACGCAACAGGGUAAGAUCAAUGUAAUAAAACCACAGCGUCCGGAUCGCGUUGGACUCAAGUCUGAAGUCAUUUUGGAGACGAAAAUAAAGUCGGAACAAAAGAAAAGGGCCAGUGCGGCGGCUGCACAGAAGCCGCCCACAGCGCAUAAAGCCACUCAAGUGGCAACCGCGGUAUCGGCGCCAGCUGCACCUGCACCAGCACCACCACCAGUUAUUAAGACAAGCGUCGCAAAGCCGGCUAUUCAGCAGACACCAGUCAGCAGUCAGUUUAGUUUUGGCAACACAAGUUCCUCGUUUGUGAAGGCAACAGGCACAGUGACGACCGCAGCCACCAAUCUUCCCACGCCCAGUACAGUCGUUGAGUUAAGCAACAAGCCGGCGCCCGCAUUGUCCAUGUUUGGUGGUGCUGGUUCGGGUCUGGGCAGCAGCGGCUCCAUUUUCAACUUUAGCCAGGCGGGCGGUAUACCCAGCAAGCCCACCAUAUCAUUUGGCGGCAGCAAUUCGGCAGCACCCGCAACGGGCUUCUUUGCUGGUCUUGGCAGCAAUUUGGAUGCCAGUAAGAAUGCAACCACAAAACCGAAAGACACCACACCUCCCAAGGAAACGCCGGCAGUCGGUGGCAAACCGAUCGAAACUAAAAAAGAAACAACUGAUUUGAGGAAAAUGCUUCAGCCACCCAUUAAUGUUGGCGGCUUUGGCAGCACUAAUGAGGCACAAGCCACCAGCACAACCACAACCACGAACACCGCAUCAGCAAGUGCAUUCGGCUCGCAGUUUACAUUUACAGGCUUUGGCACGUCGCUCGGCAUUGGAGGGGCCUCCUCCACGGCUCCUACAACCGUUCCGAAAGCUGCACCUUUAGCAUUUGGAGUUGCCGCUCCAGUAAAGGAGCCGACCGCCUCACCAGCUACAGGUCUUUUUGCAGCUGCAGCUAAGGCGGCAACACAACCCGCCCCACCACCUACGGGUCUUUUUGCUACUGCCGCUAAGGCAGCCACACAACCUACGCCGCCUGCGACCGGUCUUUUCGCUGCUGCCGCCAAGACGGCAGCGGAAAUUGUGGAAAGCACCACCACUGCAACUUUCGAGAGCAAGGGCAGCAAUAUGUCAGUCGCACCUGCAAGCAUCGCCAGCGCGAAGAGCAGCGAAGCAGCAGUAACGGUGGUGACACCAGCAACAACAACUGCAGUGGCUUCAACCACCACUGAGUCCAAAGACAACCUCUUCGGAUCGGUUAACAUUUGCAAGCCAACAGUCAGAGAAGGCUCUGGAGACUCUGCAGGAAAUGUGCAGCCGGCCAAUGUCUUCAGUGGUUUUGGCAACAUCGCUGGCAAUGCUGGAAAUUUCCAGUUUGGUGCGGAUAUUAACGCCGGCGGCGAUGCCUCUCGUGGUUUAUUUGGAACCGCCACCACAGCAGCCGCAACAACAUCAGUAACAACAGCCACAUCUACGUCCACAGCGCCCAGCUCUGUAGCUAAUGUGGUUACCGCUGUGGCAACUAGUGCAGUCGGCACUGCAACCACCGCUCCUACCACCACGACAUCGCCCGACAGCAGCAGCUUCUCCUUCUCCAGUGUUUUCAACAGCUUAAGCACAACAUCUGCAACGCCAACAUUGACUUCGGCACCACCUGCCGCUUUUACAGCCGCAACUACGGCAACAACCACUGGAGGUCCAACCUCAAUAUUUGGCGGAGCAACUAGCUUUGCAACACCAACAGCAGCAGCAGCAGCAACCACAGCUGCAGCGAAUCCGUUUCAGUCGAAACCUUUUGAAGCAGCUUCACCUCCAGCACCCGCUGGUAACAUUUUUGGUGGUGCUCCAAAGCCGGAGCAGAGUGUCUUUGGUGGUUCAGUUACUGCUACGGCACCACCCAGCGGACUAUUUGGGUCAGUUGCCAUUUCCAGUCCAUCGCCGUUUAGUAAUCAGCCAGCGGCGCCUGCAUCUGGUGGCAAUAUAUUUUCUCAAGCGGCCAACACGUUUGGUGGUUCUCCGGGCGCACCGCCUUCCACUUCUAUAUUUGGUGGUGCUGGUGCUGGUGCUGCUUCUACCACUUCGCCAUUUGGCGGCUCUUCUAUUUUUGGUGGCGGAAGUGCGAACACCACAAAUCAAAGUCCAGCAGGCGCCACAGCUCCUGCGGGUGGUUCCAUUUUUGGCCAGAGUGUGUUUGGACAAGCCGCUGCCAAUGCAACGCCAGUUUCUGGCGGCAACCUUUUCGGUGGUGCGGCCAGUGGUGGUUCCAUUUUUGGCGCCGCCAAUACUGCCACAGGUAAUGCCACUUCAGGUGGUUCGCUCUUCGAGAGUAGCUCGCCUGGCUUUGGUUUAUUCUCACAGACAACGCCCGCUUCUGGCGGUUUCGGUGCCUUUGCCCAAGGUGGUGCGUCUGUGGCACAGUCUGGCUUUGGCUCGAUGCAGCCCCAGCAACAACAGCAACCAGCAGCUGGUGGCUUCGGUGCCAAGCCCGUGUUCGGUGGUUCACCUAGUUUUGGCAGUCCGCCCACUUUCGGUGGCGCAGCCACUUUCGGCAGCCCCAAAGGUUUUGGGGCUUUUGGUAAUGCUACAAGCACCACCACACCGUCUGCGUUUGGUGCAGUAGCUCCAGCACCGAAGGGCAACAUAUUUGAGACUUUGGGCUCUCAGGAGUCGGGUCUAUCGUUUGGAAAUCUGGCUCAGACAGGCAACACCAAUGCUCAGAAGCCAGCCUUUGGCGGCUCAGGAAUAUAACGCAUUUGGUAUUGAAACUUGUUUAAAUCAAAGCAAAAUAUCGCAAGAAUAUAUAUACCAUGCUGGCCGCAGAUUGAAUUAUCCUGGCAGUUCCUUAAAUAAAGCUUCUGUUUGAUUCUAUCCCUCCGGAACAGCUGUGAAGUGAAGACCUGACAGCUUUGGUUAUAGUUAGGGAAAAACAUUCCCCUCCCGAAGCGAACGGAUUCUUUACGCUCUCCACCCUUCUAAUUUUGUAAAUAAAUAUUCACGAUUCCUAUUCUUAAACCUAUUGUGCUCCCUAUUUGAAAAUUA